AUGCUCCAUAUAAAGAAGCAGCCUUGGUAUGGAAGACCUCUGAUUAGAUCAUUUCAGAGUUUGCUGAGGAAUACUGUUCUAGGAAAUUUUUUUUUCAGAGCUGUUGCCACACCAGAGACUGUGAAGAGUAUUCUGUGCCAGGUAUCAUCUGUGAUGACAUGGUUAACUGCCUCUUCUUCGCAGCUAAUGCUUGAAAUGGCGAGGGCUACCAGAAAAAUAAAUGAAAAGGACAAGACUGUUAAACUGGAAUUCUUAUUGGUAAUGAACAUCGAUCUAUAA